AUGUGUCACAAGGAGCCAUCAGCUAUUGUCCAUUUUGAGACUAUGCCUGCAUAUCAGGGCGAUGAAUUGGUGGGUGAUAUUCGGGUAAUGCAUCGUGUAUUUUGGAGUUAUUAUCCUUGUAUUAGGGCAUUCAGCAAUUGUAAGCCAAUUGUCCAGGUGGAUGGGACUCACUUGUACAGAAAGUAUAAGGGUUGUUUGCUUGUGGCAGUUUCACAAGAUGGCAACAACAAUAUCGUUCCAAUUGCAUUUGCUAUUGUAGAGGGAGAGACUUCUGAUGCAUGGCAUUUUUUUCUCAGUAACCUUCGUCAACAUGUUGUAACUCGUGAUGGUGUGGGUCUAAUAUCCGACAGGCACAAAUCCAUAAAUGCAGCUGUGGAACGCAGUAACGGAGCGUGGUCACCUCCAAGAGCUUUUCAUAUGUUUUGCAUCAGGCAUAUAGAGUCAAACUUUUUGAGAAAGUUCAAGGCACCGUACCUCCAAAAAUUGGUCGUCAACAUCGGAUAUUCUAGGACGGUGCGGGAGUAUGAGGUGCGUUACCAGCGGUUACGGGAACGUGGUGAGGCGUACACAGACUGGUUAAACCGAAUUUCUCGCGAGCAGUACGCAUUGGUCUUUGAUGGUGGGUACCGAUGGGGGCACAUGACAACGAAUCUUGUGGAGUGCAUCAAUUCAAUUUUGAAGGGUGCAUGCAAUCUCUCCAUUACUGCUCUUGUGAAGGCAACAUUCUACAGGCUAAAUGAGUUAUUCACCCCAAAAAAGAGCGGAGACGGAAGCAAGGAUCAAUGCUGGCCAUGUCUUCUCUGA